GGCCGAAGCGGAGCCGAUCGGGCGCGAUGGCGGCGACGCCGCCGCCCAAGCCCUGGGAGUCGCGGCGGCUGCCGGGCACCGCCACCGCCUUCCAGUCUGCUGAGCUGGGUGACAGCGUGCUGAGCCGGCCCGGGCAGCCCGCGGUGGCGCGCAUCCCGCCGCCCAUCCUGCCCCGGCCCUCCCAGCAGACGAGCAGCAGCCUGAGCGCCUUCAGGCCGGCCUACAGCAGCUCCUUCUCCCCGGGCUAUGGCUCCUACGGAUCCUCCUUCUACGGCAGCUACAGUCCCUACAGCUACGGCUACGGGGGGCUGGGCUACAACCGCUUCUGCGCCGAGGCCGUGCCCCCCAGCCGGUUCGUGCAGCAGGCCGAGGAGAGCAGCCGCGGCGCCUUCCAGUCCAUCGAGAGCAUCGUGCACGCCUUCGCCUCCGUCAGCAUGAUGAUGGACGCCACCUUCUCCGCCGUCUACAACAGCUUCAGGGCCGUGCUGGAUGUGGCCAACCACUUCUCCCGCCUCAAGAUCCACUUCACCAAGGUGUUCUCGGCCUUUGCCCUCGUGAGAACUGUCAGGUACCUCUACCAGCGCCUGCGGCGCCUGCUGGGGCUGCGGCAGAGCUGCGACAACGACGAGCUGUGGGCUGAGAGCGAGGGCAGAGUGGCUCACCCCGGCCUCGAAGACAAGGUGGCUAACUCUGCCAAAUCCUGGCCCAUUUUCCUGUUCUUUGCUGUCAUACUGGGAGGCCCCUACCUGAUUUGGAAGCUGCUUUCUACAUACAGUGAGGAAGAAACAGUGUCUAGUAACUGGGCGAGUGGAGAAGACGACCAUGUAGUUGGAAGAGCAGAAUAUGAUUUCAAUGCUCUCUCAGAAGAAGAAAUUUCUUUCCGUGCUGGUGACAUGCUAAGAUUAGCGCCCAAAGAACAACAGCCCAAGAUCCGUGGUUGGCUCCUGGCCAGUUAUGACGGCCAAACAACAGGACUUGUGCCAGCUAAUUACAUCAAAAUCCUGGGCAAAAGAAGAGGGAGGAGAGCAGUGGACCUGGAGAGGAGUGCAGAGCAGAGGCCAGCCUUUCCCAGCACAGCUGCCAGAGGAGCCCCUGCUGCUGCUGCUGCUGCUGCUGCUGCUGUGACUUUGGAGGAGCAGGAGGCAGCUUUUGAGACUGUUUUUGCUGGGAGCAGCAAAGCUCCUGCGGCGUCGGACUCCGCUGUGGCUGCAGGAGAGAAACAGGAGCUCUGAGGCACUUUGGCCAACAAAGCCACUGAACUGGGCUUUAUUGACACCUCUUAGGGCUUGUUGAAAUCUGGUUUGUAGUGGAGCACUGGUGGGGCUGUACCAGUUUUUGCUGCUACUGGCUGGUGAAGGGAUGGAGAAAUGAUUGCUCAAAUUUGUGGUAUUUAUUUUUGACUCACCUAAGGCUGUGCGUCAGUGAUUCUAUCCACUCACCUGGCAGCCACUCUGAGAUCUCGAGAUAGGAGAAGUGAGGCAUUCAUAAAAUAGCAAACAAAGGAAAAAAAGAAAA